AUGGGAAAACAAACAUUAAUAGAUUGCAGAGCAGAGCAUGACCUAAAAAAAAAAAAACAGAGCAUUCAGACUCCAACUAACCAACCCCUCUCUUCCCUAAAUUCACGACCAUUAUAUACCACCACUACUCUUCCUUCUUCCUCCCCACUACACAACUCCUCUUUCUCUCUCUCUCUAUAUAUAUGUAUGGCUCUAAAACACAUGUCUUAUGGGGCAGUAAACAUGUUCAGAACAGAAACAGGGUACACAGACAUAGAAAAGAGACAGCUUUUCUUGAGAAGCUAUCAAUUCAGCAGGAAGAAGAGUGUGGGUGAAAGGAUAAAGAAAUCUUUCUUUAGAGUCAAAAGGGUGAUUUGGGUAAAGCUUAGAUCAGCAAGAAAAAUCAGGAAAUUGGUUUGGUUGAGACUCAAAUAUGGUAUCUUUGGGUAUAGAAGAAGAAGGUUUUUUCGUCGAAUUCAAAAUUCAAGUUACUAUAAUACUAGUAGUGGUAUUACUACUGGAUGGUCAUCCUCUUGUUUCUGGUAGGAUUAUGAACUUCUGUUAAUUAAGUUAUUUUAUUUUUUAGUAAUUUUUUUUUUUUUUGGUUUAUUUAGGAUUUAAUUAUGUAAUGGGUUGUGUUUUAACUCUACCAUGAACAUUAGAACAUGCCCAAAUCUUGAAGUUCUAUCUCUAGUUACUUUUAACGUAUGUAUACAUAAUUUUUAGUCUAGUCAAAAGUAUAUUGUUAACAA